CGCACGCUGGGGGCGGCUCCGGGCCGGGGGCCGGGCGGCCAGGCCGGGCGGGGCAGAGCCGGGGCGGGGCGCUGUGCCGCAGCUGGAUGGCCGGGGCCGUCCGGAGCGCCUCCGCCGCCGUCGCCGCCGCACGCACGUGGCAUGCCUGGAUGUCCCUGCCCUGGUUGUGGCAUGGCGGGACAGAGGCUCCUCUUCCUCGCUGCUCUUGCCCUGGAGCUCCUGGGAGGGGCUGGGGGUUCCCAGCAGGCCUUCCGGAGUCGGGGGGUGGCAGCGGCCUGUCGCCUGGACAAUAAGGAAAGCGAGUCCUGGGGGGCCCUGCUGAGUGGCGAGCGGCUGGACACGUGGAUCUGCUCCCUCCUGGGCUCACUCAUGGUGGGGCUCAGCGGGGUCUUCCCGUUGCUCGUCAUUCCCUUGGAGAUGGGGACCACGCUGCGCUCAGAAGCUGGGGCCCGGCGCCUGAAGCAGCUGCUCAGCUUCGCCUUGGGGGGACUCCUGGGCAAUGUGUUUCUCCACCUGCUGCCCGAGGCGUGGGCCUACACGUACAGUGCCAGCCCUGGUGGUGAGGGGCAGAGCCUGCAGCAGCAACAGCAACUGGGACUGUGGGUCAUUGCUGGCUUCCUGACCUUCCUGGCGCUGGAGAAGAUGUUCUUGGACAGCAAGGAGGAGGAGACUAGCCAGGCCCCCAGCAAAGACCCUGCAGCUGCGGCCGCGCUCAGUGGAGGCCACCAUCUGGCCCAGCCAGCUGCAGGGCCCGGCCUGAGCGCCGUGGUCCGGAACAUCAAAGUCAGUGGCUAUCUCAACCUGCUGGCCAACACCAUAGACAACUUCACCCACGGGCUGGCUGUGGCUGCCAGCUUCCUUGUGAGCAAGAAGAUCGGGCUCCUGACCACCAUGGCCAUCCUCCUGCAUGAGAUCCCCCAUGAGGUGAGCGACUUUGCCAUCCUGCUCCGGGCCGGCUUUGACCGAUGGAGCGCAGCCAAGCUGCAGCUCUCGACGGCCUUGGGGGGCCUGCUGGGCGCCUGCUUCGCCAUCUGUACUCAGUCCCCCAAGGGAGUAGCCAGUCAGGGCUUCUCCUGCUGCAGAGGAGACCGUGGCCUGGAUCCUGCCCUUCACCUCUGGCGGCUUUCUCUACAUCGCCCUGGUGAACGUGCUGCCCGACCUCUUGGAGGAAGAUGACCCAUGGCGCUCUCUGCAGCAAGUGCUUCUGCUCUGCAUGGGCAUUGUGGUGAUGGUGCUGUUCUCGGUCUUCGUCGAGUAACUGUCCCUGACGCCCCACCCCCUGCACAGCAAUAAUAGACUCAGAUCAACUCUGUGACCGUGUGUGUGUGUGUGUGUGUGUGUGUGUGUGUGUGUGUGCGCGUGCGUGCGUGCGUGCGUGCGUGUGUGUGUGUGUGUGAGGCAGAGAGCGAGCGAGUCCUAACUGACAAGAGGACGGGGUGUGUGUGUGGUGUGCAUGUGACCGUGUGCAAGACCGACACUGUGAUCCCUUGUGUGCUGGGCCCAGGGCCCGAUGCCCAUGCCUGCCCCCAGCCACACUGCGGUCUUCUCUCCUUGGCCCCCCGUCACCUUGCACCCCCUGGAGUCGGCAGUGAGGAACAGGAACACUGGUCCCAAGCAGAGGCCUCUGCCCACCAGGACGCCAGGAGGAGUGGGAGCAGCCCAAGGAGCCCAGGGCUGCAGGGAGCCCCAGAGCUGUCUCCUGCUGGGGCCUCAUGGGUUCCUGGCCUGAGGGAGUGAACCUCUGCACAUGCACGCAGCCCUGGGCAGCCAGGAACCGAGGCUGGGGUGCCUCCUCUCUGCUGUGUCCAGUGUUCUGGCCCUUCCUUCACCAGCUCCAAGGCCAAAGAAAGGAGAGGCAGGUGCUCGUGUAGCCCCCAGCGCCACUCAGCACUGACAGUCCUACCCCUCCCAGCAUGGAGCCAGGAGAUGCUUUCUAAGACCUUUUCCCCGCGGCUGCUUGCCCUGGCCCAGCUUCUGUUCCCCCAGGGAAUGCUCCCUGGCAACGCCCGCGGCUCUGCCACCUCCAGCUGCCAAACAGCAGCCAGCAGGGCAGCGAGCAGCCCCGGGCCAGAGGCUUCCCAGUCGGCUCAGGGGUGCUCGUGCCAGCACAGGGUCCAGGCAGACACUCGGAGGGCAGGAAGAGGGAGCAGUGGCUGCCACCACCCCGCCCCCGCCCCCGCCCCCGGCGCGGGCCCCUUUUCCUGUCCCACUGUGGGCGGGGCUCGGCGGGGGUGGCGAGGGCUGCACACUGUCAGCACUCAGGAAUGUGCUCUGGGGAUGCUGAAGCCAUAAUCCCCAGCUAUUUCCCUUGGCUGACGCCCAGGUACUCAGCUGGCCCACUCCACAGCCAGGCUCCAGCCCUGCUACUUGACCGUGGGCGUCUUGAGAAGUAGCCAUCGAGAGGGUCUGAAUGGUUUUACGGCAGCUUUGCUGUGGUUCCAUUUGUAUCUGUAAAUACCUGUUCCAUAGAUGAGAUGCAAAUAAAUACACACAAACCGGC